CCAUCAACGAGCAGGCCUCGUAUAUACGUACAUACACACAGCCCGGCGACAUCCCAGCAGCAGCAGCAGCAGCAGCCGACAUGUCCGUCCAGCCACACAUACAGGAAACCCCGCCGGAUUACGAGGAGGUGGUGGCCGAGGAACAAGCCAGUAAUCUAAGGAGGCAGAAACCAUCAGAUAACGUCAAUGUAGCAUAUGAGCCGGACAUUGACAGAAUCGAGGUGGCAAUAGAGGCGGAGGAGGGAGAUAAGGAGGGUCGCCAUACAGAAAAAACAGCAGCAGCAACAGCCUCAGUUACUCCGCCAACUGUGACCAGUGUCGAGAAGGUCUCGGACAGCCGAGCAGUGGAGCCGCUGACCCCUCAGGAGGAAAAAAUGUUAUCCGUGCUUCGGGACGUUGCUCAGAAAUGUACCAACGCUAAUCCAUUGAAAAGACCAAGCGCGGAGCAAGUGUUGAAAAUGCUACAGGUCAUCAACCCUUACCCAGACGAUUAUGACGAGGACGCAGACGACGACGAAGAUGACGAUGUGGAGGUGAAAUAUAAGGUCAGCGAUGAUUACGACACGAAGAACACGAGUGAAAUAACACUGUCGUCAUCCUAAGUACUGUCACAUCGGGUAUCCUCCUACUGUUUCCUCCGACUGUUUCCUCCGACUGUUUCCUCACACUGUUUCCUCCGAAUGUUUCCUCCGACUGUUCCUCACACUUCACAGGGGCAGUGAGUUCACAGUUUUGCUAGAUAACCUUCUAGAGAAAACAGCUCACACGCGCUAUUAUUCUGAAAUCGUCUAUAUCGCGUCAUCAUUUUAUGAACUGUAACAGGGUAGCGUCAUCAAUUUUGUCAAAUAUUUCGCGCCCCUUGCUGAUGGCAAUUGCUUUGGGUUUACCAUGCAUUACAACAGGUAUUAUAGGAAAGUAUGGGAGAAUAAUUUACAAUCACUCCGGCGGAGAAACCAUUUUCUAUAUCACACAGAGGAAUCGUUUUUAUUGCUUGUCGUCUGUAAUAAUAUUUUAUUGCUAGUGGUAUGUAUUGUAUUAGUAUAUUGGCAUUUUGUAAACGUUCUUUAUAUUUAUAUAAAGAGGGCUUUAAUAAAUAUGCCUGUUGUCCAAUUUCGUCUGGAAAUCAUUCUGAAAUGAAAAAUCAGAUAUAAGUUAACGUCGUGUUUUUACAGAUAUCAUCAUUUAUGUACUUCUUUGAUUGAUUUUACCGUAUUGCAGUUGUACGAAAUCCAAGUACUUUAAACAGAAAAUAAACAGAAACCCCAGGGCUGAAACUAGAGACAUCAUGUACCAUGGUAGUUCAGUUUAUCAACAGGAAUACCUUGCUAAGGGAAGCAACUCUUAAUCAUAAAACUACCUACAUGUAAUACAAGGGAGAAAUUUCAAAGUCCAAAGUUGGUUCUGACGUGGAGCUCUUCUCUGCGAUUAUAACUGCUGUACAUGUAGUGGUCCCCUUAACUUUGAAGGUUUUAUUCUGGAUGGUUUCCGUUACUGCCUGCUUUAAUUGUCGUGUAUAGAAUAUGUAGCCAAGAUUUUUGUUUUCAACGGCAGGGGCGUAUCCAAGCGAGAGGUCUUUAGGCAAGGAUUUUUUUUAUUUCCUUAUGUCUUUAAUGUCAAAGACCUCCUCAUGACUGACGAAAUCUUCAGCUUUGAGAACCCACUUUUCAUAAUCUAUUGUAUGUAGUAAUGCAUUAAAAACUAUAAGACAAUCAGCCAUGUUUCUGUCGUUAAAUGUCAUUUUCUCAUAAGAUGAGCUCGUCAAACGUGAUAUUUUGUGUUGAAGUUAUGGCAGAUCUCGGGGUUUUUCAUUUUUUUCUGUCAUUUCACUUCAGUUCCAUACAUCAACAAACCGCUAAUGUCAGGGUCAUUUUAACUUGUCUCAAACAUCAAAACCACAAGCAAACGUGCUUUUUUGUCAGAGAAAGCAAGCAACUGUCGAUGUAUUUACCUUGGUAUAUUAUUUAUAAAAUAUUUAAGUUGCUAAACUGUUUUGUCCUAAGUUUAUGUAUCUAUUUUUGUUGUAAUUCAUUACUCAGAUCAAUCUUAACGAGUGUAUAUCACACCUCUAUGAUUGUCAAACAUAUGUUUGCAUUCCGAUAAAACUGCGUGAAGAGCCUUACUAACCCCAGUAUGUUUUCGUUAACGACUGUAAGUGUUCACCUUUGUUCUCAUUUGUUUUGGAUACAUAGCUUCGUGACGAUUUGAGCAAUAGUUUCUUUAACUGUUUUUUGGGUGUUUUUUCACAUUAUUUGGUGAUAUUAUUUGAGGCUGCGUUUAAUUUGAUAAUUGCUAAUUCCAUCAUUUCUAAAAAGAAGAAGAAAGUAUACCGACUGAAAAUUCGUUUUUUCAUCAUGCCAUUUUAUGUAAUGAACCCGUAAGUUGAAAGUGCAUAUUUCAUCUUUUGUAGAAGGUUGUAAAUGUGACUAUUUUAUAUUUCCUAUUACAUUUGUAUGUAUCAUAUAUGUUCUUUUUAUGUAAUAAAUAUUGUUAAAAUGU